CUGCACCUGAUCCAGAUCCGGAGACGAUGAAGCUGUUUAUGACCGGCGCAGUCAUAAACGCGUCAGUGCGUCUCGCUUGUUUUUACCUUCUUAAUCAGGAAGAAGCGACAUCAAAGAGAAAAGUGCCAGCAGAUGUGCCAGCUCCUUGCAGACCCAAUCAAUCACUUAUACAUCUUUGGUCGUUUCCUGUCCCCACCAUCAUGUCUGUGUCUGAUGGAGUAAGCUUUUCUGCAAAUAAGCUCACAUGUCCCAUAUGCCUGCAGCUGUUCUCGGAGCCCAUUUCCCUUCCCUGUGGUCACACCUAUUGCUUUCUCUGCCUUAAGACCAUGGAAGAAGGCCUUGACCAACACAGGUGCCCAGAAUGUCAGGCUGAGUACCAGGGAGCCGCUGCUCUUAUGAAAAACUUAAAAAUGUGCAAACUCAUAGAGACCUACAAAGUCACACAAGGUUUUGCCCCUGCAGACCUUCCUGCUGUCGUCCAUGUUACAUCCAAUUCCGCUUUGGAUGAGUCAGUUGGAGAAAGCCAAUACCAUGGAGAAGAAAACAAGACAAACAGAGGCUGUGAGACUAUCUCUGGACUCAGAGACAUUCCCUGUAAUCCGAUGCAAGCAAAAAUCAGCACCAAAGGCAAAACGGAAAUGGAUGAGCCCAAGUUUAAACUGGCAUCUCAAGUCACAGAGUUACACAUCAAACUAGAGAUCGCAGAAGGUGUUCUGAUGAGAGAAAAGGAGUGGGAGCUUCAGGUGACAACUUCUAAUUCUCAGUUGAGAGAGAAAAUAUCCAGGUUGCUGGGGCAGAUGAAGGACUCCCUGCAGAGCUACAGUGACCAGGUGAUGCAGAUGGUCGAGAAGGAGUUAGGCCCAGGUGAAGAAAGCAUCCGUGCUCGAGUCGGUCAAACGUCUGAGCUGGCGAAGCAGCUGAGGCACACUGUGCUUACAGCUGAAUCCCUACUGACCGAAGAGGAUGAAAAAGCAUUUAGCGAUGAGCUUCAAAGUCUAAAUGCCAACAUUGCAGAGGCGCUAGAAAAACCACUGAGAGAGGACGAAGACUUUGUUGAAGCAAAGGUCAACUUUGCACAUGCCUGUCCCAAACUGGAAAACAUGAACACUGACCUGAGGGAACAACUUGGAGAGACUCAGCGCUCCCUUCGAAACACCUUCAACCCUUCCGAGCUGACCUUUGACCCAGAAACGGCUCAUCCUAAUCUCAUUCUGUCAGAGGACCUGAAAACGGUAACAUUCAGCACCGUGAAGCGGUCCUACACGUCCUCACCACAGAGGUUCACCAGCUUUUAUCAGGUACUCAGUGCACAAAGCUUCUCGGAAGGCGAACACUGCUGGGAGGUGGAGCUCGAAGGUUCUCCAUGGAUCAUCGGCAUGUGCUACAGUGGGAAGCUGCCACGCAGUGGGUUGCCAUCCGCCCUGGAAAGCAGCCAGAGCUCCUGGUGUCUGAUGUGGUUUGAUAACCUGCUAACCGCUUUUGAGCAAGGUCACAGCGUGCCGCUAAAGAAAACCACAGUGUCACGCAGGCUUGAGGUCAAGCUGAGCUUCAAGACACACAGGUUGAGCUUCUACAACAUCAGCCCCACCAGUGGGAAGACGCACAUCUACACCUUUAAGGCCAAUCUGAGUGAAGCGGUGCACCUCGCCUAUAGGAUGAUGUCAGGACACCCCAAGGGCAGAGUCACAAUUUGCUCAUAAACAGAAGUUUUCAACAUUGGCACGCAGGAGAAACAGCUAGAUAACUUUAUCCACAAAAACAAAAGUUGAGAAAAGAUUUCUGUAAUUACAUAUUUAGAAGCUUUUCUAAGACUGAUAUGUGAUAUUAUAGGGCUGCUUUCACAACUGAUCUUCCAUCAAUUUCAACAACCUGUUUAUGUGCACAACAUGGUGUUUUUUUUAUCUUAUUGGAAACAAUUUUUCAGCAAAUUGGUGAUAUGUUUUUUGUCAGAUGAAGGUGAAAUGGCAGGAUGUAAUGUACAUAGCAUAAAUAUGGUACCAAAAAACAUUUUGUGUAAAUUAAUUGGAGCUCUGACCGCUCAGACUUAGUCAAAGUUGCAGCUUUGACUUGUAACCAAAGAUGACCGAGCCACUCUGGUACACUUGGGCCACGUAUCAUAGCUAAGCUAACCACUGUUAUCAGAUUCUUUCGUGCCACAUUCUUGAGACCCAGAUAUACUGCCACUGCAGUGAUGAAGAAUCAUAUUGUCAUCUGCAAAAAGAAAUCAGUAAGAAAAAGAAACAGAUAAAGCAAAAUCAUUUGGUGUAUAAAUAUCUGUGACUGAGAUUUUGAUUGCUGUGCAAGAUUGUGAGAUCCCUUCAGUUUACAUAAAUAAUUUAGGAGUUGUUUUGUUGCUUAUGUGUAGUGUUUUUAAUGUAUUUUAGCAAUAAAAAAAAAACACAA